AUGAUGGCGCCAGAUACUCACCACUAUGGCUUCCUAUGCCCUCCAACCGACCAGGAGGAAGAACCAGUCUACCGGACACCGUCCUAUUACAACCCUCGCCUGACAUAUCAUCUACCCGCCGGGGCAGCACGGCACUACCAGCAGCAAUAUGGCGAUAUGUACUUCUUGCGAUUGGCGAAACUGAAGCCCAGUGUGGAACAAGUGGCCAGGGAUGCGUGGGAGGGAUUAGUCAUUGCCGGAGAGAAGGUACGACGUGUGGAUCGAGUCCUUGAUGUCCGACAAGGCGAACUGUGCUGGGUCGCCGGCACCGUGUACAUGGAACUGCCCAUGAAGCCGAACAUUUUGGAGGAUCUUACCAAAGAGAAUUUCACAUUAGCACCCGUUCCGCGCCGCACUUACACCGACCCUUCCAACCCGGAGGCAACCCAGAUCAUGAUGGAAGAUGAGUCGGGUCGCUUACGACUGACUGGAAACUUCUUGCGAUCGACACAACUAGCUACAGGAGCGAUUGUCGCUGCAUUGGGAACUGAAGAUGCCAAUGGUGACUUCGAGGUCAUUGAUAUCAAAUUGCCAGACUUGCCUCCUCAGUCGCAGCGCUGGGAAGGCAAAGCACCCGAGAACGGACCAGACACUGGCAAGGCACAUGGCAAGAUCGCCUUUGUCAGUGGUCUUGGGAUUACAGGGACGUCCGGCGAUACACUUGCUUUGGAACUGUUGACCGAUUAUCUCCUUGGAUAUACUGGGUUCUCAGAAACGGAGAAUGGAUCUCCCACCAGUUCCUCCAAAAUCACCCGUUUGAUCAUUGCAGGCAAUUCCCUAGGCGCUAGCGUCACUACAGAUGCUACAGCUGAUGGAAAGCCUCAGCCGAAAAAGUAUGGUUAUGAUGCCUCUGCGUAUAACGCCUCCCCCAUCACUCAACUUGAUAAUUUCCUUGCCGAGAUCUUGCCCAGCAUCCCAGUCACGUUGAUGCCGGGUGAGAAGGACCCUGCCAAUUUCUCCCUCCCCCAGCAGGGCAUUCACCGCGCCAUGUUCCCCCAGUCCCGAGCAUACUCGGCGCCCCCGCCUCGAGGUGACGACAAACCCGAGGCAGGUUGGUUCGACAGCGUAACGAAUCCCUGGGAUGGCGAUAUCGAGGGAUGGAGAGUAUGGGGAUGCAGUGGUCAGAAUGUCGACGAUGUCCUCCGAUACAUGACUCUUGAAAGCAGUGAAAGCAGUCCCGACGGUAGCAUUGGUUCCGACGCCCGAAUCCGCGUUAUGGAAGCUAUGCUCCGCUGGCGCUGCGGUGUUCCCACUGCGCCGGACACGAUUUGGUCUUACCCAUAUCAAUCCGACGAUCCUUAUAUCCUGGAGUCCUGUCCGCAUAUCUUCUUCGCUGGUAACCAGCCUGAGUUCAAGACUGCUACCAUUGAAGGCGAUGUUCCUCUCCGUCUGGACGGUGAUACUGACAUGACUGGCGCCGAUGGGUCUGAUGUCCCUGGUGUCCGGGUUCUGGCUCUCCCGAAGUUCAAUGAAACGGGACAGUUGAUUCUGGUGGACACUGAGACAUUGGAGGUUGAAGUGGUUCGGUUUGAGGUUUUCAAAGGACAAGAAGAACAAAAAUGA